AUGGAUUUCAGCAUGUGGACCUACGAUGUUCUUCUCAACCAAUGGAAUACUACUGAAACAAUUGGCGAAAAGAACCCGCAACGAGUAUCGUAUGGCGCAGGAACGCAAGUCGAAAGUCGUGGGCUGGGAUUCUACUUUGGCGGCUGGCUCAGCAACAAAACAACACCCGGUUGGACUGGACCCCCAAUGGCUACGACCGGUCUGAUGCGAUUUGACAUGUCUACCGGCGACUUACAGAAUACAACCGGUCCAGAUGAUAUUGGGAGAGCUGAAGGACAACUAGUAUUUCUACCUGUCUCAGAUAGCGGUGUGCUUGUUUAUUUCGGUGGCAUCGAAGACUCGUACCGCAACGGUAGCUUUGACGCAGCAAACAUGAGUACCAUACAUGUCUACGAUAUGGCUUCAUCGAAAUGGUAUACACAGACUGCUUCCGGCGAUAUACCUGACACCCGGAGGCAAUUCUGUGCUGAUGUCACCUGGCCCGAUGACCAGUCGUCUUUCAACAUAUACCUGUAUGGUGGACACGGCUUCGAAAAAGCAGCAGCGUACGACGACGUCUACAUCCUAUCGCUUCCAUCAUUCACAUGGAUCAAGGUCUUCAGCAGUGAUGACGUUCCCUCUCAAGUUGGUCACGGCGGUUGUAGCGCAAACGUCGUCAACCAUGCGCAGAUGUUAGUCAUAGGCGGCUGGUUUCCCCUCUACGACAAAUGCGAUGCACCCGAGGGACAAGGACAACACAACAUGGUUUUAGGAUACAACGGUGGAGACUCGAAGCUUUGGGACAAGUUUAGCCCUCAGCUAGACGACUACGUAGUACCUUCACCUAUUAUUGCCGCAGUUGGAGGCGGCAAGAUCGGCAACUCGCUCUCUUCCCUCAGCUACAGAGUCAGCAUCUGGUGGAAGCUCAAAGAAGUCAAACCCACGAAUACAACUCGCCCUACUCGGCUCAAGGCCCUCCCUCGUACGGUCACGCUCCCCCAUACAUAUCUCCUGUUGAAGGGGGGCACACAGGUCGGUCACCACCUGGAGAGCAAUUCUUUACCGACGACGUUCGCAACUCUCCGCCAGGUCCUUGGAGCACCCAGGUUCAAUAUCCUCAUUCUGCACUGA